CCCUUUCAGAUUCAGCGAAUCCUCAAUAUAUUCACUUUCGUCUUCUUUUCUCUUCAUUCUUUUCCCCACAGAAUUUCCAAAAUUUGUAGCUUCGGAACUUACGGCGUUACAAUGGCGGAAGUGAAAGUGACGAUGGAAGUUGGAACUGACGGCGUUGCCGUUAUCACGAUUUUUAAUCCUCCCGUUAAUGCUCUUGCAAUUCAGAUUUUUGCUGGAUUAAAGGAGAAAUGGAAUGAAGCAGCUAAGAGAAAUGAUGUCAAAGCUAUUGUUUUGACUGGACAUGGUGGGAGGUUUUCCGGUGGUUUUGACAUCAAUGUCUUCCAAAAGGUUCAUACAACGGGAGAUAUUUCUUUAUUGCCUGAUGUUUCUGUUGAUCUCGUGGUGAACACUAUGGAAGAUGGAAAGAAGCCUGCAGUGGCUGCCGUGGAAGGACUUUGUCUUGGUGGUGGCUUGGAAUUGGCAUUGGGAUGCCAUGCACGCAUUGCUGCGCCAAGAACACAACUUGGGUUGCCAGAGCUUAGCCUUGGAGUUCUUCCUGGCUCUGGAGGUACACAACGUCUUCCAAGGCUUAUAGGGUUGUCAAAAGCCAUUGAGAUGAUGAUGACGUCCAAACCAAUAAUGUCAGAAGAAGGGAAGAAGCUAGGUCUCAUUGAUGCCAUUGUCCCUUCAACAGAGUUGUUGAAAGUAGCUAGACAGUGGGCACUUGACAUUGCAGAAAGGCGCAAACCUUGGAUGCGUUCCCUUCACAGGACCGACAAAAUUGGUUCCCUUUCAGAAGCACGGGAGGUACUGAAGUCGGCUAGGCAACAAGUGAAGCAAACAGCUCGGAAUAUGCCUCAGCACUUGGCAUGCCUUGAUGUAAUUGAAGAAGGCAUAGUCCAUGGUGGAUAUAAUGGGGUUCUCAAGGAAGCUAAAGUAUUUGAGGACCUAGUAUUAUCAGAUACGUCAAGAGGUCUUGUUCAUGUAUUUUUUGCCCAACGGGCUACAUCAAAGGUACCUAAUGUAACUGAUAUUGGUCUGAAACCAAGGCCAAUGAAGAAAGUUGCCAUAAUAGGUGGAGGUUUUAUGGGUUCAGGCAUAGCUACCGCUCUAGUUCUGAGCAACAUAUUUGUUAUUCUCAAGGAAAUUAAUCCCAAGUAUCUUCAAAAGGGGAUAAAAGCAGUUGAAGCAAACAUACGAGGAUUGGUAGCGAGAAAGAAGUUGCAGCAGGACAAAGCAAACAAAGCUCUCUCAAUGGUUAAAGGUGUACUGGAUUACUCAGAAUUUAAGGAUGUGGAUAUGGUCAUAGAGGCUGUCAUUGAAAAUGUUCCGCUAAAACAACAAAUCUUCAGUGAUAUUGAGAAGGUUUGUCCUCCUCACUGUAUUUUGGCAACCAAUACAUCUACCAUCGACCUCAACCUAAUUGGGGAAAAGACGAGAUCUCAAGAUCGGAUUAUAGGGGCACACUUUUUCAGUCCUGCUCAUGUGAUGCCUCUGCUGGAGAUAGUACGGACCGAGAAGACAUCUGCACAGGCGAUUCUCGACCUCAUGGUUGUUGGCAAAUCAAUAAAGAAAGUACCUGUUGUAGUGGGAAACUGUACUGGUUUUGCUGUGAAUAGGACAUUCUUUCCAUAUUCCCAGAGCGCACAUACUCUCGCCAAUCUUGGAGUGGAUGUCUACAGGAUUGAUGCGCAAAUCACUAGCUUUGGUCUCCCUAUUGGUCCAUUCCAGCUUCAGGAUUUGGCUGGAUAUGGAGUAGCUGUUGCUACAGGGAAAGAGUUUGCUUCGGCUUUUCCUGAUAGAACAUUUAAGUCUCCAUUGCUUGACCUUCUAAUAAAAAGUGGGCGAGAUGGUAAAAACAACGGAAAAGGAUACUACAUUUACAAGAAGGGAGAGAAGCCAAAACCUGAUCCUUCAGUGCUUCCAAUUAUUGAGGAGUCAAGAAGGCUCACUAAUAUUAUGCCUGGAGGAAAGCCAAUAUCUGUUACCGAUCAAGAAAUUGUUGAGAUGAUACUCUUUCCCGUUGUGAACGAGGCAUGUCGUGUUUUGGAAGACGGGGUUGUAGUUCGGGCAUCAGACCUUGAUGUCGCUUCUGUACUUGGAAUGAGUUUCCCAUCUUAUAGAGGUGGCAUUGUUUUCUGGGCAGAUACAGUUGGGGCUGGUCAUAUAUAUAAAAGCCUCAAGAAGUGGUCAGAACUAUAUGGUAAUUUUUUCAAGCCAUCAAGGUUCUUGGAAGAGAGAGCAGCAAACGGCAUUCCCUUGAGCGCUCCUGCUUCCACCUCUUCAUCUUCAAGGUCACGCAUGUGAGGCGAUACAAUAAAAUUUCAGAUACUGUGGAAACAGCAGGUGGUGGAAUAUAGAAAUGUAAAAUUUCCUUGUAGAGAGGCACCUACUUUGACCUCUUCAGCUUGUAUAAUGUUUACUUCUUUGGUAUAGAACAACUCAAUUUCGAGUCCAAUUUAUUGAUGUUGACUAUUGACAAGGAUGCAGCGGAUUGCUUAAUUUUUUGAAUAAUGUUGGAAAAAAUUCCAACAUUUUAUAUGCUAUUUUUAUGUGUUCCAGAA